AUUGAAAACCAUUUAAAGGCUUCCAUUAUUGGGUGUCAAAUUUCCAUUCCGAAGCUGUGUUUGGAAAGAUCCGAAGAAAGACGCGAGGAGUGCAGAUGGCCAUUAAGGAAAGCUCAAUAAAUGAUCUUUCUCAAGAGGAUGAUGACACUAAUUCCUCUUCUUCUGGUUCACAAAGCAGGGGUAAAUCUGAAGCUAACUACAGUUUUCCGGAUCAGGACAAUAAUACUCCGCCGGCUGAGGACGUUUUCAUCAAUAUAAACGAAGGAGAAGAGGAAGAGGAGGGCGAGGAAGAAGAGAUCAGCAAAAACGAUUCCACGUCCAAGAAAGAAGAGAGCAAAAACGAUUCCACGUCCGAGAAAGAAGAGAGCAAAAACGAUUCCUCCUCCGAGAUAGAAGAAAGCAAAAACGAAGGAGUAGAAGCUGAACCCAUUCCAAAUACAGUGCCGGAAAAUGAGCCUUUUAUUGUACACUCAAGAAUGAAAAAUGGAUACGUUCCACCAAAGGUUGUGUUAUAUCAAGCUGCUAUAAACGGUGAUUGGCGGACAGCCAAAUCUAUAUUUGAUGCAGAUCCUUCAGCAAUCACUAUGAAGAUAACUGUUUCAGAGGAUACUCCUCUUCAUAUUGCUGUUUUCGCAAAUCGUAUUUCUUUUGUUGAAAAUUUGGUUGAACUUUCCUCUUCAUCAGACUUAGAAAUCAAAAAUGAAAAUGGAUAUACUGCUCUUCUUUUGGCUGCUUCAUCAGGAGUAGUAAAAAUCGCUGAAGUAAUGGUUAAGAAGAAUCCCCAUCUUCCAAACGUUUAUGAUGCUAUGAAACCAUCCCCAGUUUUAGUAGCUGUAUCUCAUAAACACAAAGACAUGGCUUCCUUCCUCUUCUACAACACUAAUUUUGAAGCUCUAAACAGCUAUGAACAAAUUGAACUUCUCAUUGCUACCAUCUCGAGUGAUUAUUAUGAUAUAACUUUAGAUAUUCUUCUGAAGAAACCUGAAUUAGCAACAGCACGGCUGUGUUUGGAACAAGGUUGUAAAGGUUGUCAAAAUUGGAGUGACACAGCGUUGCAUGUACUAUCUAGAAAGCAAUCUGUAAUUGGUAGCAGCAGUGAUAGCCCUUGGAAAAGACAUGUGAACUCUCGCUUCAACAGAAUUUACAGAAAAGCUCUGAUGGAGACAUUAGCCCAUCAAGUUGUUGAACACAUAUGGAAUUUUCUUGUCCAGAAUCUUUCACCAAAGGAAUUAUUUGAUUUUAUAAAAACUCCUUCAAAUUUAUUGCACGACGCAGCAAAAGUUGGAAAUGUUGAGUUCUUGAAAAUACUCAUUCGUUCUAAUCCCGAUUUGCUAUGGAAAAUAGUUAACGACCAAGAUAAAAGCAUAAUUCAUGUAGCAGUUGAAAAUCGACAAGAAAGAGUGUUUAGUCUCAUAUAUGAGCUAGGAGGGAUGAAGUUUUGCAUUGCCAAUUAUCACGAUAGAACAAAUAAGUAUAACAUUCUACACUUAGCUGGGAAGUUGGCGUCUCAAAAUCACCUGAACAGAGUGGCGGGGGCAGCUUUACAAAUGCAACGGGAGCUUUUGUGGUUCAAGGAAGUGGAGAAAAUCUCUGUCCCCAUGCAUCAUGAAAUGAGAUGUGCUGAUGGUCUAACACCUCGUGAAAUCUUCACAAAAGAGCACAGACAACUACAGAAAGACGGGGAGGAGUGGAUGAAAAAAACAGCAAGCUCAUGCAUGGUUGCAGCAACUCUAGUUGCAACGAUUGUUUUCGCAGCGGCAUUCACGGUUCCAGGAGGCAAUGAUGAUAAGGAUGGCAUUCCCAUUUUAGAACAAAAUAAAGCAUUUACGGUGUUCAUCAUAUCAGAUGCUGCAGCUCUGGUGACGUCUAUAACUUCUAUACUCGUUUCUUUGUCAAUUUUCACGUCACGUUAUGCAGCGGAAGAUUUUUUGGUGACUUUGCCGUGGAAGUUAGCGUUGGAAUUGGCGUCACUGUUUGUUUCUAUAGGAUUCAUGACGAUUUCUUUCUGCGCGACCUUAUUUCUUGUGUAUCAUAAAACAGAGACAAAACUUCCAUUGGUCAUUGCAGUAGUAACCAUCUUUCCAAGUGUCUACUUUUCUUUACUUCACUUUGAACUCUUCACGGAUAUUAUCCGGCUUGUAUCGUGGUCCAAUUUUUCUUUGAAAAAAUCUCUUGGCCUGUUUUAGUGCAAUUACACUAAUGUAAUACAUUUAUCCAGCAUUUUUGUUGUCUAAGAUCUUCAUGAUCGUACAAUAAAGAAUACAUAUAUCCAUUUGAAGUAAAUAAUGUAUCAUUAACAUGA